GGAACUUCGACCUUCAUCUACUCCGGCCGCAUCUUCCCAUACUAAUAUUCCCCGCAGAGCUGUCUUUGUGUGUUCCAGCUCGAAUCCAAGCCGCUCUGAUUUCCACCUUUUCGUGAUAUUUAUCGCGUGCCAUCCCUUUUCUCAGUCCUGUAGGUGACGGCCGCUUUCAGACGAUUCCCCAACCUCAUCCCGAAGUAACAGUUUAAGACGCUGUCUUCGGACGAGCUUGAAGCAAAAAUGACCUCCCGAAUCGAGAAGACGAUUGCUCGACAGAGAGAGAAGAUAUCCUCCGGAGCUUAUUACGAAGCCCACCAGCAAUUACGUGUUAUCGCUGUGCGGUAUAUCAAACAAGCGAACUACGAUGCAGCAGCCGAUAUACUGGCUGGCGGUGCAACCGAACUUUUGAGAGCAGGAUCCCAGCAGGGAGCCUCCGCCAGCGGUGGAGAUCUGGCAAUUAUGCUGGUGUCAGAGGUGUACAGUAAGGCUGGCUGGGAGAUUUCCGGCGAUGACGAUACGCAAGGGAGAGCUCGGAAGAAGCGUCUAAUUGAGCUUCUGCAUGAAUUCCCACCCGAUGAGCCAACGAGAAAGAGGUUUAUCCAGGAAAUAAUCGGCUGGAGCGGACGAUUCGGGCCGUUGGAGCGAGGAGACCCUGACUUACACCAUGCUGUUGGAUCGGUGUAUGCUGAAGAGAAUGAGCCGUACGAGGCUGAAAAGCAUCUCGUCCUCGGUACAUUAGGAUCAGCUGAGACCUUAGCGAAGCUCGAGUAUGAGUGGUACACGAAUGACGAGCCGCGGACAGCUGCCAUCUACGCAUCCCGUGCAGUAUUUCCGUAUCUCCUUAUCGGAAACCUUCGCAGUGCGAACAAAGCUUUGUUGAUAUUUACGUCGCGACUAUCUUUCUCGAACCCCUCGCUUGGCGCACAGGAAGUGAGCAGCGCGAGUUCUGACGUCCGAGUUUUUCCAACAAUACCCUUGUUGAACUUCAUAAGCAUGCUGCUCCUUACAAUCCAACGCGGGAGCGCGGAUCUUUUCAGACAGCUCACCGCACACUAUGCGUCGGACAUCCAAGAAGUUGGCAUAUGGGACGAUGUGCUGGCACAGAUCGGCGAAUUGUAUUUUGGUAUUACUAUCCCGAAACAGACCAACCCACUGCUGGACAUGAUGGGCAGUAUGCUUUUCGGAGGCGGCCCAGGAGGUGCGGGCGGGAGAGGGGCGUUGCAAGGCAGGGGAGCACCGAAACGGGUCGCAGAGCCGCCCACGAACAUCGAGUUGGACUAAGUAGGACUGAUGGCGGUUUUGUAAUUUAGUGGUCCGAAGUUGAUCGUAGUAUUUGGCUGACAUUGACAGAAUGGCCGACUGUCAUGUAUGGGCGGAUGGGUGCACUAGUUCCCAUCGUACAUCCAGUUGUCUUCUUCCAAAGCUGCUACCUUGUCCCGAAGAUUCUGGUGAAUGAGAUUUAAGACCUCUGUUAAGAUUAGCAAUUGACCGUGUACUAAGAGCAG